AUGUCGUCCUCCGACUCGAACAAGAGCAGCAGCUCUUACCUUUCCCCUCCCAGCUCCUCUUCCACGACGACCUCGUACAAGACAACUCCGUCAACAACUAGCACCACAACCACCACUAAUACCACCGCCACUAGCAGCAGUAAAAGCGGUAGCGGCUCAAGCACGUCGUACACGACCGCCGAGACGGUGGUCGUUCCGAGCUCGACUAGCUCGGGAGUUAAGAGGAAGUAG